CAUAUUAGCAAAAUUCUCCAUGUUUUCUCUGAAAGCUUCCACCUUUCCCUGUUUAUCCGUUAUCUCCCAAUUCUUGAACUCUCCCAUUUGGCAAAUGGAAGCUCUCUCAUUUCAAAGCUUACUUCAACUCCCAUCUACUAUCAGAACUCCAAGUUAUGUUGAGCAACCUAAGAACACUGUGGCUAAGAACUUGGAUGAAAGACUUCACUCACCGACAGCCAAAAGAUUACAAAGAAGGCUGCUUUUGCAGUUUAUGGGAUUCUGUCCAAUCCUUUCACAUCCUGUUUUUGCUGCACCAAUGCCAGAGAUGAAGGAACCUCAAGUCAUUCGGACCUUAAAGCUUCCCAGCGGUGUGAGGAUUCAAGAGAUUGUUGAAGGGCAAGGCUCAGCAGCCAACGAAGGAGAUUUGGUUGAAAUUAACUAUGUAUGCAGGCGCACAAAUGGAUAUUUUGUUCAUAGCACUGUAGAUCAAUUCAGUGGAGAAAGCACACCUGUGAUACUUCCUUUGGAUGAAAAACAGAUUAUAGCAGGCUUGAAGGAGGUUCUAGUUGGCAUGAGGAUUGGCGGAAAGAGAAGAGCAUUGAUACCUCCUUAUGUGGGUUACAUAAAUGAAAACUUAAAACCAAUUCCUGAAGAGUUUGGCCCUAGACGCAGCCUUUUGUCUCAUGUAAACGAGCCUUUGAUAUUUGAGGUGCAGCUCUUGAAAGUGCUAUGAGUUUAUCUUUAUUACAUGUAUUCGACACACUUGUACCAACAUUCUUUGUUCUAAGGUUUUGCACCUGAAUGAUUCAUAACUACUGGGACCUUUGAUCCCAAGAUUACCUUGAAUAUACAUUAUUUUUCAUGA